AUCACAAAAAAAUGGCUUUUUUCGCAUGAUUUGACCUUACCCUCCCCUUAAAACGAUUGCCUGAACGGUUCGCAGCUUAUGAAAAAAUGACCAUACCCAUAAUAGCAACUUUAAUCGUCCCACGAUUUAAAAAAGAUGGUUUUUUACACUCUUUUUAAUACCGACGGAGCUGCAAAGGUUUUAGAACAAGAACUUUCAGAAAAAUUGUCCUCCAUAUUUACAAAUACGCAUUCAACACCACCCGAUCUUCCAAAGCGAUCACAUUUUGAAUUUCUACAAAGUACAAUUUCGUCCAAGCCCAGCUCCAACAAAGCAGAUGCAAUUAUUUUGCUGAGGCAAUAUUUGCUUAAAGCAAAUACCGACGAGGAUUUGAAUCCUUUGCAUUUUUGGAAGAACACGGACGAAGAAGUUUGGAAAUUUAUUGUCAAGAAGCAUAUGUGCGUUCCAGCCACUUCUUGCGACUCCGAGCGUAUGUUCAGCAAGGCCGGACCGCUCAUUUCAGAUCGGAGGUGCUCGCUGAAGCCUGCCGUAGUAGACAAAUUACUUUUUAUGAACAGAAACUUUAAUCUCAACUUUAAUUAAUUUUUACU